CUCUCUCUCUCUCUCUCUCUCUCUCUAUCAGGGGCGUGUUCAAUUACACAGAGCAGGUUUUAUCAUUUGUUUUAUUGUAAGUCGAGACACUUGUGAAAUAUCUGCCGGCUCGUUCACAGCAGCCCUUCAAGUCUUUUCACCAAGAUGCAGAGGUGGGUUGUGAUCUGUUGGGCUCUCUUGGCCCUGGUUGGUGCAGAUGAGUGUCCAGAUGGAGGAAGAUGUGAAGAGGGUCAAACCUGCUGCAACGACCCGGACAGUGGCUACGAAUGCUGCCCGUUUGACCAGGCUGAGUGCUGUGAGGAUCACAUGCAUUGCUGCCCCGCGGAAACAAUCUGCGACGUGGCCACAUCCAGCUGUGUGAACGCUACCGUGUCCAUCCCCUGGGUUGAUAGAGCUUCUGCUGACAAACCGACGCUCUCUAAAUCCUUCAGGAUGAUCAGGGCGUACAAGGGGGAGGACGAGGAGAACGUCUGUCCUGAUAACUCACGAUGCCCACCUGAGUAUUCCUGUCUGAAGGCCUUGACAAAAUAUGGCUGCUGUCCCCUCGCUCAGGGAGUCUCCUGCUCUGAUGGGAAACACUGCUGUCCUGAGAGCCACCAGUGCAGCGAAGACAGCCGCUCCUGCAUCAAGAAAGAGUUUGUGACUUCAAUCCUGUGCAGUGACGGAGUGUCAGAGUGUCCUGAUGGAACCACCUGCUGCGAAGACGCAGAAGGAAAGUGGGGAUGCUGUCCCAUGCCAAAGGCUGUGUGCUGCGAGGAUAAGACACACUGCUGUCCUGAAGGGACCACAUGCGACACCGAACACUCCAAAUGUAUUUCCACAACUACCAGAAAAGAGAUGCCGAUGUGGGCGAAACUGCCUGCUAGAAUAAGAGCCGAGUGGGAGGAUCACAAAUUGGCCGAACAAGUGACUGCCAAAACAGCUAAUGAGGGCGAUGAAAAAGCCCCUGAAGUGACAACAGUAAAUUCAGUUCCUCCUACUGAGAAGGAAGUGACAGUGUCAUCUGUUGCUAAGGCAGCUGCAGGCGACGUGCCCUGCAAUGAUACAGCUGCCUGUCCAGAUAACACCACAUGCUGUAAAACUGACACGGGCGAGUGGUCUUGCUGUCCCCUACCAGAGGCUACAUGUUGUGAAGAUCAUAUUCACUGCUGCCCACACGGUAAGAAAUGCAAUCUGGCUGCCCAGACCUGCGAUGACGAAAAAUGCUCCGUGCCAUGGGUUGCAAAGAUACCGGUAAUGCUCAGGGUGAGCGUAAAGGUGGAGGAAGUUCCAUGUGACUCCACCGCCAGUUGUCCUGAUGGCACCACCUGCUGCAAGAACAAAUCAGGACUAUGGGCCUGCUGCCCUCUUCCUGAGGCGGUCUGUUGUGACGACCAUGAGCACUGCUGCCCGUCCGGCACCACCUGUGACCCCACCUCCACCUCCUGUGACAGCAGCUCAGGCUCAGUGCCCAUGCAACGGAAGAUACCUGCAUUUACAACAGUGGCGACCACUACGGAGGCGACCUCAACCCAGACUACAAAAGCUGCAAGCACAGAGCAAACUGAGGAUGCGGAUGAAGACGAGGUGAUGCCGGAUGAAGACGAGGUGAAGCUGGAUGAGGACGAGGUGAAGCUGGAUGAGGACGAGGUGAUGCCGGUUGAGGAGGAGAGUAAAGAGGUGGAGGGCAAGAUUGAGUGCGACCACCACACCAGCUGCCCGCAUUCCUCCACCUGCUGCUUCAUGAGCUCGUCUCAGAAGUGGGGAUGUUGCCCGCUGCCAAAGGCCGUGUGCUGUGCUGAUGGAAACCACUGCUGUCCCAGCGACUACCAAUGCGAUGAGUCCAAGACCUCGUGCACCAAAGGAGAAGUGGUGAUCCCGUGGUACACAAAGCUUCCAGCCACCACCAGCGUCCAGGCUGAACCCAACUCCAUGCAGUGCGACGGUCAGACUCAAUGCCCCGAUCACACCACCUGCUGCAAGCUGGUCACGGGCCAGUGGGGCUGCUGCCCGCUGGAAAAUGCUGUGUGCUGCCCAGAUAAGGAGCACUGCUGCCCUCAGGGUUACACCUGUAACAUCGCCUCCAACUCCUGCGAGAAGGUCAUCAUGCUGCAGCUGGAGAGUCUCCCACUGACACCGGUGUUUCUGCCUGAGCAUCAUCCAGAGCCCAGUGUCAGCGAAGUCAAGUGUGACGAUCAGACCAGCUGCGAAGACGGAGAGACCUGCUGCAGGACAUCGGCAACUACAUGGGGCUGCUGUCCAUACGCUAACGCGGUGUGCUGCAGCGACAUGCUGCACUGCUGUCCCACCGGCUACACCUGCACCGGUACUGGAGACUGCACCCAGGACCCCAGGCUUCACUGGCUCAACUGGCGCAUUUUCUACGCCAACAAGAAGAGAGCUCUAAUAGUGUGAAAACAUCUCUCCUGCACAUCAUGUCAUUUGUUUCUGCGCGCUAUGCACUAAUGGGAAAUAACGUAAAAGGAUUUUAUGAUAAUUGUUUAAAUGCUUUGUUGUUAGGUUACAGUAGCAGAGGGUUGCACUCGGGGGUUAUGAUGUUCACUUCUGACAUGUUGUUCAUUACACUCUUUGUUAUUCCAAGCACACUGUUUGCUACUUGAAACUCUACUCCAUCCAUAAAACACUCCACAUUUUAUUUUAUUCACUGUCUGAUUCUGUAUGAUCUGCUUCAGCUGUUGCAAAGUGCACUCUUCAAUCCAUCAAUAGUCAUAAAUACGGGGCAUAAUUUAAAAUCAAACAUAUACUCCUGCGUGAUGAAUGAGUCUGCCGUGGUGCCGUUUUCUGGUCAGUACUUGUGUUUAGUGUUUAGAUGUGAAGCAAACAUGGAUAAAUACAUGAUUGGUGCAGCUUUUUCUCUCGGGGAGUCAGAGAUAUUGGAUAAAACUAAUAAACGAGAUCUGAUGUAACAACA